AUCGUUGACCGGCACUCGGGAUGUGUGUGUGUGCGUAUGUUUCAGUGUGUAUUCGGUCUGAUUGAAUAGAAGAAGCAGGUAUUGUUGCUUGUUGCUGAUUCCAUUACAUUUUUAACCACAUUGAAAAGUCAAUACUGUGCUAGAAAAGUUUUUAAAUAGUUCAGCUUUAUAUAUAUAUUUAUCCGUGUGACAAUUAUUGUGAGCCGGCUACUUGAAAAGACAAUAGAAGUUGUCGAGAGAGUCGUCGAUGUCGAUCAGCUUUCGUCUAUCACCUUGGCUCAUUGGUCGAGUGAUUGCGAAACUCUACAUUCUUUUGCUUAUUUAACAUUAGCUCGUAAAUUGACGUCCGAUGUCGAUUAUUGGACGUUUGUGGCGUAGUGUGUCAACAGAGUGGUCGUGGUCGUGCUCGGCUCAUUUGUGUGUCGUUGCCGGUGAACACAGCACUGUCGUGUAGACAAACAUCACCCACCUUGCUAGUGCUACCGUACAUCGAAACCUUGUUGCCGAGGCUCUUCGCUGCUUGUUCACCAUAUUCUCUCGAGAACAAGACGUCAUCUGUUCGUGACUCGUGACAGGUUGGUUCACAGCUACUACAAAGUAAACGUCACAUGCUGUCCCGGGUUACAUGUAUAUUUCGGAUUCCAACAAACUAGUGAAUAGCUCCUCCACAUUCUCGAAUAUUGUUCUAGUAAGUGUAGGCCUACGCCUGAAGUGUUGUAGUUGAUUGAAUUAUUUGUCUGCGACAUGCUUCUAGUGCUAGAAUGGAGAUACAGCGCUCUUCGGACUCCGUCUUCUCUAUAUACUUCUCUCCAAUAUUUCAAUAACAAAUUCUAGCACAAUAUUCAAAUCAGUAUUGUUUUCUGCUCUAAAUCUCAAUAUAAUACCUCUUUCGUUGACGUUGAUGUGAUGUGAUAUCAGUGAUUUACGAAAAUGAAAAGACAAGUGCCAAUUGCAUGUGGUCAAGGGACGUCAGUUGUCACUAAUCGUAGCGCACCUGAACCACCUAUAGAAGUGAGAGUAGACCUAGUGGAUGUUCCCCUUACUCCCUCCGAAGGCCGAAUGAGGAACCAACCGCAUGCCUCCAGCAGAACGGAAAGUGAUGAUUUAGACUCCAUCACUGUUGCUGAGAUACCGGCAGUUGCAGCAGUCACUACUUCUUCAACAUGGCAAGCAGUAGUGAGCACAAGACAACACCUGGUGGAAAUCGUGAUGGACUACGUAAUCAAAGAGAUCCAGGAAGUGACGUUCACCAAACUGGUGAAGUGGACCUGCUCUACGCUGAUGAUAUUCGGUGGAGUGGUGCCCUUCAUACCGCAGUAUAGGGAAAUCAAAAACAAGAAAGAUGCCGAGGGCUUCUCGCUGUAUGUGUGCCUUGUUCUAAUAUUUGCUAAUACUCUCAGAAUAUUAUUUUGGUUUGGCAAGCGGUAUGAACUUCCUCUGCUCAUACAGAGCUUCAUAAUGAAUAUUGCCAUGCUGCUGAUGAUCCACCUCUGUGUCUCUGUCAAGAGGAAGAUGCAUCUGGCCCAUUUCCAAGAACACACGUUUACUGACUUUGAUUGGAAAUACUUUUGGGCGUGGACAGACUUCCAGUCUUACUUGGACUUCCUUAUUGUGAUGAUAGUGUGCUGUUCUCUCCUUACAUUCCUACUAAUCAAAUCGACGAUUUUUGUCGAAACUCUGGGUCUAGUGGCGCUGCUGUCAGAGGCGAUGCUUGCUGUUCCGCAGCUAGUCAAAAACUUCCAGUACAAAUCAACCGUAGGAAUGAGUGUAUUGAUGGUGCUGAUGUGGAUGGUGGGUGACGUAUUCAAGACGACCUACUUUGUGCUGCGCGAAGCACCUGCGCAGUUCUGGAUUUGUGGUGGAUUGCAAGUCUUCAUUGACAUCCUGAUUCUGUAUCAAGUGUACCUUUACCGCGACAGCCUAAAUAUCAACCUUCCACAUGCUGGAAGAAUAGACUGAUGACUGGACAAAUAGCUCGAAUUUUACCGCUAUUUCGAGGCUUAAAUGCUGCUUGUCAUUGCAUCCACCGUCCAACUUAUCAGCUUCUAGACAACACAUCUCUAGACUGUAAUUAUUUUCUUGUUAUAAACUAAUAAUAGAAUAUCAGGUUUAAUCAGGUGCUGCCUUCUUGUUAAAGAUGUCUUCUCAGAAAUAUUGUACAUAUUAUAGAUAUUAUAUACUUUAUAUAUUUUUGAAUUCAACAGAUCUAAUAUUAUCAGUAUUCACUACUGUAGAUAGCAAUAUUGGUCGUACUGAACUUUGUAGGAAUUUUCAAUAGUGUAUGUCACAAUCACUUUUUAAGGGAUCAAUAGCUUUUAGAAUUUUUGAGACGAUUUAAGAAAUAGCAUACAAUGCAAAAAAGCAUUACAAUUGUACAGCUUAUUAAUAAAUUUUACCACAACCGGGAAUUAUUUAUAGUUGAUUGUAAAAUUUUAAUUAAUUGUAUUACUUUCAUAUCAUUAUGGACAUUCAAGUUGAAUACGAUUGGCAAUCAUGUCAAUACAUUGUCAGAAUUAUCACCUAUGCUAGUCAUGUUUAUAAAUCUAAACAUGAACAAUUUAAAGAAAACAUGAAGCUUACAAAACUACAGUCCUAAUGCAGAUUAGCCUAAAAUUUGUUGAGGGGACUGAUGAUGAAUGACAAUAUUAAUAGUAUAGAACUUUCGGUCAGAAUAUAAUGAGAGAGAGAGUAUCACUUUUUAUGCACAUUUAAUUAUAGCUGCAUUUUAAAUCUUCCAAUAAAUGCAAAUACCUAAGAAUGAAAAGGAAAUUUCACUGCCUGCUUUGUGUGAGGCUUUGAAUUCAUGCAUAUGGACUCAUAUAAUAGGAAGGAGUAGAAAAAGGAGAGCGAAAAAGUUUCAUUGAAAGGAGGAAGAGAAUGUUGAAACCGACGAUAAUAAUGCAUAUCCACUUCUUAUCGAUAUCACAUCAAUUCAAUUCAAUUCAAGAAAAACGUCGAAAGCGAGAAUGGAGGAAAAAAUUCCCUAUCAUCGUGAUCGUGUCCUCAGAUGAUGAAGACGAUGUUGUAAAAGAAGAAUCUGGCAACAGAAUAGUUGUCCUUGAAAAAGACGAGAUGGAUGAAGAUGAUAACUAAGUCGAAAAUAGGAAGCAGCUAAGGAAGAGGAGCCGAUAGAUAUGUUCGCCGACUAAAUUUUCCUCUAGUAAGGGGAUGUAUUGUAGGCUAUAAUACUAAUCUGCAUUAGGACUGUAUUUUUGUUCAUUCUUCUUUAGCAGAAGUAGAUUUAUAAAUAUAAACAUGGCUAGCAUGGGUGAUAAUUCUAAAAAAAUUAUUGACAUGACAUGUUUUCACUUGAAUGUCAAUAAUGAUAAUGAAAGUAAUACAAUCAAUUGGAAUUUUACAAUCAACUUUGAAUGAUUCCUGGUUCACUAACUCCUUUUUAUUUUCUUGUUCUUCAUUACUCUGAACUCCGGAAUAAGUAAUUCUUCUAUGUGCAGACUUUGUAACCCAUCUUUUCGUUUGAGACAAUUACGGUAUGUGAGACGUUAGUUAGUCUCAUGUAAGAGCAUGUUUGAACGUGUUUGAAAGUUUUAAGGUCGAGUCAAUCAGUUUCUUAUAACGCCUGUACUAACCACUUCCCCAGCGCUGGGGAAUUCUGAGUAUUCUGUUUUGCGUUCUCUGUUGGGAACACAGUUGGUAAAAACCUGUUACUAUGGUUUUGGUUUGCUUUCAUAUUAUCUCCCACAUUAUAUUCGUAACGGCCGAUCGCAUGUUUUACAAACUUGAUGUUUCUCUAGCGUACAAUACUUCCCCUUACUAGUGAAAAAUUUAGUCUGCAAUCAUAUCUAUCGGCUCCUCCUCCUUAGCCGCUUCCUAUCUUCGUCUUGGUUAUCAUCUUCAUCCAUCUCAUCUCUUUCAAUGACAACUAUUCCGUUGCCAGAUCCUUCUUCUUCGACCAAGUCGUCCUCAUCAUCUGAGGACACGAUCACGAUGAUAGGGCACUUUUUCCCUCCAGUCUCGCUUUAGAUGUUUUUUCAGAUGUGAUAUCGAUUACAAGUGGAUAAGCAUUAUUGUCGUCGGCUUCAAUAUCUUCCUCCUUCUCCUCCUCUUCCUUAGUGUUUUCUUCCUCUCUGUAAACAUCUGAGUAUGCAACUCUGGUUUGCGCAUAGGCAUUUGCCCAUGCAGACCAUUUUCCAAGUUAUUUGACUUGGUGUAUUCAUGAGAUUGUUUUUAUUUUUUGUUGUUGUUUGUAUUGAAACUGUGUUCUAGUAAAUAGGAUUUUUAUUUUGUAAAUAGCAUUUUUUGGAAAUAAAUGUCUUUCUGUCUGUUAAGCCUAUCCGUUUUCUAAUAUUUACUCUCUGUAGUCAGAGAGUGAGUUGAUCAGACCCAAUUUGUUGAUGUCAUCAUAACUUGCAAUUGAUAUUGAGUAAGCCAUGUUGGCCGGCUGGUACUAAAAUCUAUCUUGACUUGGUGUAUUCAUGAGAUUGUUUUUAUUUUUGUUGUUGUUUGUAUUGAAACUGUGUUCUAGUAAAUAGGAUUUUUAUUUUGUAAAUAGCAUUUUUGGAAAUAAAUGUCUUUCUGUCUGUCUGUUAGGCCUAUCCGUUUUCUAAUAUUUACUCUCCGUAGUCAGAGAGUGAGUUGAUCAGACCCAAUUUGUUGAUGUCAUCAUAACUUGCAAUUGAUAUUGAGUAAGCCAUGUUGGCCGGCUGGUACUAAAAUCUAUCUUAAAAAUUAUAUAAUCUCUAUUCAGAUGAAUAUUAUUAUCAUGUUUAGUUCCAUGUUCCAUACAUCAUCUGAUAUUAGGAUGAUAACACUGUAAUAUUUAUCCAGCAUAAUGGAAGUCUGCUUAAAAAUCACCAAAACUACAGAGGAAGAAAAUUUCAGAUACCGCAUAAAUGUAUUCUUCUUCAUGAAAUUGUAUUUAUGUGCAUGAUGCUAUUAGGCUUGUCUUCAAGAUGUCAAGUCCAUGACGUACCGAGCUAUUCUAUAAUUUGGCAGUUAUUUUAUUUUCAUAAGAAAUUAUCAGAAAUCUAUUUUUAUAAAAUGCUAUCACAGUUAUUGAACAUUUCACACCAGUCUAAUGAUGUGGCAUCAUAGAAAAAUAAAAUAGAAUAAAAAAUAAAAAU